GAUCGCCGGUGCGCUGUGUCCUUCGGACACAGCGGAUCACGGAAAGAGCCGAAGAUGUCGACUCGGUCAUGUGAUCAGCUGUGUCCAAUCACUGAUCAUCAGGGCACUGAUGAUCAGUGUGCCCUGAUGAUCAGUGUGGCCUCAGAAGUGCCACCUGUCAGUGCUCAUCAGUGCCACAUGCCAGCACCCAUCAGUGCCACGUGCCAGUGCACCCAUCAGUGCUUAAUCAAUGCCACAUAUCAGUGCAUACCAGUGCACAUCAAUGCCACAUAUCAGUGCCCAUCUGAGCUGCCUUUCAAUGUCACCCAUCAGUGCCAGUCAGUGCCACCUAGCAAUGCCAAUCAGUGCCACCUAUCAGUG